AUGCUGGAGGAAUGUCUCCGGACAAAAAAGAUCCAAAUUCAGAAAAUCCUACAAACCUAUGAUGUAGACAUCUUCACAAUUAUGGAAGCUAACAUUUCGGAUGACAAACUGAAGUACUUCCAAUUCCCAAGUUACACCCUGUACAAUCUACCCAAAUACCGGCAAGUUGCAAGUGGAAUUCUAACUGGAGUUAAAGAAGGCCUCACCUCACACUACGAUCUAAUCAAGAGUAUGGGCUCGACACAAGACAUGUGAGACUUCAACGCCCACUGCACCAGAUGGGGCUACAAGGAUACAAACAUAGGUGGAAAAGAAAUUGAAGACAUGCUAAACAGCAACAUUCUGGAACUUAUUUAUAGCAAUGAGGAUCCGGCUACAUAUUUGCACUACAAUGGAACCAGAACAACUCCUGACAUACUCCUGGUUUCAACCGGCGUCAGUGAGCAUUUUCCUCUUGGCUUCAAGCGACAUCACGACAUCAGUGAGCAUACACGCCGUAUUUCCUCUUGGCUUCAAGCGACAUCAGCGAGCAUACACGCCGCACUUGACGAUCCUGGUUCUGGUCACAAACCAGUCAUGCUUAAUAUUACCAUCGGCAGCCUUCUAGUCACAAACCAAUGUGCAAAGAAAACUGUUACCCCUGUCAAGACUAAACACUUUCGAGGGUUUUGGUCUGAAUAUCUCGAGGAGCUGAAAAGAAAACGGGACGCCAUUCGCAACACUGCUGAUCAGACAGGAAGAACGGAAGGUGUGCAAGCCUGGAGAGCUUGA